UUUUAUGCCGAGUUGUCCCCCUGAAAAUAUCGUGAGACAUUGAGUAGCGGACUCCCCAGCUAAGCCUUCCUUUGUAAUUUGCCACAGUUCAUCAUCUUAGACCAGGAUCUAGCAAAUUUAGCUGCACUCUGAAGUUCAGAGACAAGAUCUGAAUCAUGGGAAACAUAUUUGGGAAUUUGCUGAAGAGCCUCAUCGGGAAGAAGGAGAUGAGGAUCUUGAUGGUUGGGCUCGAUGCUGCAGGAAAAACAACAAUCCUCUACAAGCUCAAGCUGGGUGAAAUCGUCACCACAAUUCCAACCAUUGGAUUUAACGUGGAGACAGUGGAGUACAAGAACAUCAGCUUCACUGUGUGGGACGUGGGUGGGCAAGACAAGAUCCGUCCUCUCUGGAGACACUACUUUCAAAACACACAGGGUCUAAUCUUUGUGGUCGACAGUAACGACAGAGAGCGUGUGAACGAAGCGCGGGAGGAGCUGAUGAGGAUGCUUGCUGAGGAUGAGCUGAGGGAUGCAGUCCUCCUUGUGUUUGCCAACAAACAGGACUUACCAAACGCCAUGAACGCGGCAGAGAUCACAGACAAGUUGGGCUUACACUCCCUGCGUCACCGCAACUGGUACAUCCAGGCCACCUGCGCCACCAGCGGUGAUGGCCUCUAUGAGGGUCUUGAUUGGCUGGCCAAUCAACUCAAGAACAAAAAAUAGCAAGACACCGUGGAAACAUCAGCUGGCAGCCACACCCAUCCACCAUUCUAAUUGUUUUGAGAGUGGGGCAGUGAUAUUGGGGCAAAGGUUUUGGUUGAUAGGUGCAAAGCAAGUUUCAGAGUGUGAGGCAGGUUUUGGGUUUAAUUUUCAGUCUGUUCAGGUUCAUUUUUAAUUUUCAGCUCUUACAACAAACAGAUUUGCACGUACUUUAUACCUAAUCCCUCACACACACUUACAUACACACACAUGCUCUCUCUCACACACACACACACACACACACACAAACACAAACAAACCCUAACCACAAGCAAUCCCAGCAGACACUUGCUUUUCCUGUGCCCACCUCUUGUCCAUAGCUAUACUGUAUGUUAGUCUGUAGGUGCUGUACUGAUUCAUAUGUGUGACUCCACUGAGUUGCCAGUGAAUCAAAUAUGAUUUUUUUUUGUUGAUGUGUUUUUUUUUUAGCUGUCAGAACUGUUCCGUGUCAGUUGCACUUCUUGUUCCCCCCCCACACACACACACACUCUCUUGUGGAGUAACAGAGCCAUGUUUGAGAACAAUCACAGCUGGCAGACUCAUGUCAUGUCCUGUAAUUCACUUUGCGCUUCCUUUUAAUUUGUGAGCAACGCUGAGGCAUUCUGUUACUUAGAUACAUGUGCAUGUGUACUGUGUUUGUGCAAGCAGUUUAGACAAUGUGAAUCACAAACAUCACGUUCUAUUACUUUGUCUUUGACGGCCUGAACUGCGCGCACCGUGGUAGAUGCCACUUACAUGGCUUCAUACUCUUUCAUCCUCUGCAUGAUCAUCAUGUUCUGGUGCAGAAACCAAUCGGACAACACGUCCUGCUUAUUAGUUGUCAACAUGUGCUUGUAACAGUGUAGUCAGCUUUAUGAGGAUACUUCAAAAGGUUCUCAGCCUCACCUGGAUAACGUCACAGGAGAACGAUUGUUCUUUCAAUCAGUCUCCAUUAACGGCAAUGUACCUCGUCCACCGAUAUCCAAGCCUCACUCUCCCUGUGCAGAAGAAGGGCUCCAGAUUAUCCCCAACAGUAUCCAUGUUUUCAUUAUCACUCUGAAAACAGCCUUUCAGUUUGGGAAACAGUUCAAAGCCACAUUUGCAUACUUCUGCGAUCUUCUUGUCCAUUUGUUGGUUUGUCUCUCACCUACAGAAUGAUUUUCAAAUAAUGUUGACAGUAAUUGAAUGUUAGAAAGCAUAUGUUAAGCUGCCGCUAGGCAUUAGCAGUACCCCAAAUACAGACACAAUAACUAGUCAAAAGUAAAAUCAAACAAUCUUUAAUUUCAAAACGUGAAAUAAAUGACUCA